AUGGUCCAGAAGGAUUACUAUCGAUUCGAACAAGAGGCUGCGUUUGGCGUCAUCGAGUCUGCUUCAAAUGUCGUCUGGCUGCCGCCCACUGCAACUUUGGCAGCUGGUGGCCGAGCGCUUGUAGGGUCCCUUGAGACAGCUUCGGUUUGGGAUCUCAAGACUGGCACUCUUUUGUCCACGCUUUUGGACACUUCUAAGGCCUCGUCGACAUCUUCGGCUGCUGCGCCCGAGGUCACGGCCGUCGCCAGUUUUGGAGGCCAGAUGCACGCGUCUGGAUACUCAGACGGUACCGUCAAGGUGUGGGAUGCAACGACAGGUGAAAUGCAGGUAUCUCUAUCGGCGCACCGCAAGGCCGUGACCACGCUUGUUUUUGAUGCCUCCGGCACGCGCCUUGUAUCUGGAUCGCGCGAUACCAACCUCGUGGUUUGGGAUCUGGUUAACGAAGUCGGACUUUGGCGCCUGCGUAGCCACAAGGACGCGAUUGUGGGCGCUGCAUUUGUGCGCGCAAAAACCCAGCUAGAAGAGGACCAAGUGGCCGACGCCGAGGAUCAGACUUGGCUCGUAUCGGCAUCCAAAGAUGGCACGCUCAAGCUAUGGGAUCUUGAAACUCAGCACUGUGUCGAGACCAAGGUGGCCCACUCAUCGAAUGAUUGCUGGAGCUUAGAGUACUCACCAGCCCUCGAAACUCUUAUCACGGGCAGUGGCAACAAGGAGCUUGCAUUUUGGAAAGUUGAUGUUAACGCCCCCCUAGGGUCCCAGAUUGUGCGGCUCGGAACUCUCAACAAACAAUCUGGCGAUCGCGCUAACACAAUCAAGGUUUUCAAUGGCGGUGAGGGAGUUGUGGCCCUGCCACGGUAUUUGGCUGUGGCCAGUGCCGAUCGCAGCAUCGAGGUGUUUAAGAUUAAAUCUUCAGAAGAAAUCAAAAAGUCUGUGGCCCGUAAACUGAAGCGUCGACGUGAACGUGGACUUGACGUUGCCGAUGGUGGCGAGUUUGCCCUGAGCGAAGACGACAUUACCGAAAAGUACGUGUCUCAUACUGUGAUCCGUACCCCUGCCAAGGUCCGGUCUUUUGACUUUGCCUUUGGCGAACUGGAUUUGGCCAUGUACGAGUAUGCAAAUCCCAAUGCCCGUGACAUUCGGCCCCAGGCAAAUACCCUAGUCAUUGUUGCUGCUCUCGCAAACAAUGCUCUUGAAACAUACUCCGUCGCUGCCCCCAUGAGUGUAGGUAUCAAGGCCAAAAGCGCUGGACCUGCCGAAUAUUCCCGUGUCUCAAGCGUUGACCGACCAGGCCACCGCACAGAUAUCCGUGCACUUAGCAUUUCAUCCGACGACCGUAUGGUUGCAUCUGCAUCCAAUGGCCAGCUCAAGGUCUGGAAUGUCCGCACCCGUCAGUGCAUUCGAACUUUUGACUGUGGCUAUGCUCUGUGCUGCAGCUUCCUGCCAGGUGAUGGUCUAAUUGUCGUUGGCACAAAAACUGGCGAUUUGGAACUGUUUGACGUGGCAUCGUCUACUCUGCUGGAGACAGUGAAUGCUCACAUUGGUGGUUCUGUGUGGGCCUUACAUGUUUCCCCUGAUGGAAAGUCGUUUGUCACUGCCGGUGGUGCUGAUAAAUCCGUCAAGUUCUGGAGUCUUGCUGUCGUCCGUGACGCUGUGCCAGGAACAAGUCGCACUGUUGCUCGGAUGAAGAUAAAGCACACCCGCACUCUAGAACUCGACGACGAUGUCAUGUGUGUUCGGUUGUCUCCAGAUAUGCGCGUGAUUGCUGUUGCAUUACUCAACUCUACUGUUAAGGUCUUUUUCGUUGACUCGCUCAAGUUUGCGUUAGAUCUCUAUGGCCACAAGCUGCCUGUGCUUGGAAUGGACAUUAGCACAGACUCCAAACUGCUGGUUACAUGUUCUGCUGAUAAAAACAUUAAACUAUGGGGUCUUGAUUUUGGCGAUUGCCACCGGUCUAUUUUCGCACACCAGGAAAGCAUCAUGGGUGUUGUUUUUGAUCCGCUAACUGACUUGGAAGCUGGCGGUGAUACCCAGGAACUUAAGGGCCACACAGCCCACAACUUCUUUUCCGUAUCCAAGGACAAGCUCGUCAAGUACUGGGACGGUGACAACUUCCAGCAAUUGCAGGCUCUCGCGGGACACCAUGGUGAGGUGUGGGCACUAGCUGUGGCCCAUAGUGGUGAUUUUGUUGUGACUGGCUCCCAUGAUAAGAGUAUACGAGUGUGGCACCGCACAGAUGAGCAAUUGUUUUUGGUAGAAGAGCGCGACCGCGAACUGGAGGAGCAGCACGAGCAGGCUUUGACUGCUCAGUACGAUGCUGAUGCCGAAGAAGCCGAGCGUGCUGGUGAUAAUGAAGACGAAGAAGAGUCUUCAGUGGCCCGCGCCAGUAAGACUACGAUUGAAACACUAAAGGCCGGUGAGCGUCUUUUGGAGUCGCUAGAUUUGGCAGCUGCAGACAUGGUGCGUGAUGAAAACACGCCCCAGCACAUUAUUCUUUCACACAAGGGCGUAACCGGCCCAGAGUAUGCUCUGAGCGUACUUUCUUCGAUCCGCCCCCAGGAGCUCGAGGAUGCUGUUUUAGUGCUUCCUCUGGACCGUGUCUUGUGUCUUCUUGAAUUGUGUGCAUUGUGGUUAAGUCCUGUUCAGUCAGGCUCUGACCGUGCACCAAUUACUCGCAAUAAGACAGCAGUUGUGUGCCGUGCCCUGUUUACUGUGCUGCGCGUAUACCAUCGCCAAAUUGCUGCAAAUAUCAAGGCGCGUGCUAGCUUGGAGAAAACCCGAUUGUUGCUCCGCAAACGACUAGCGGACCAGCGCGACAGGAUCGGAUACAAUAUUGCCGGUCUUAAGACAAUUAAGGAAACCUGGGACCGCGAGCACCGAAAGGUGUUUGUGGAUGAGCGUGAACAAGAUGAGGAGGACGAACGCCAUUCUCGUAAGCGUAUUUACGCUUCUGUAUAA